AGUCCAGGCAGCAGCUCCCAGUGGCUCUGGGCCCAGGUUUCCAGGCCAGUCUGGAGGGUCCCCAGGUCAGUUAUGUUCUGAGGACUCUAAGGGGUGGUCUGCCCGCUCACCCUCGUGCUCCCACGAGCAUGUGGUGGCAUUCCCCCCGGGUCACAGUAUAUGUGACAGCUCAGCAGGCAGAAUCGAGGCUGCAUGAGACGCCAGCUUGCAACACAGGUGCCACUCUGCUGAGCACGGUUUGUUUUGUUGUUUAGGAAAGCGAUACCCAUUUUUCAUAACAAUGUUAUUUACAUUAACAUGGGGUGGGUUUAUUAUUUUUAAACGAAUACAUGAAUAUGUAAAGCUUCUCUCCAUGUUAGCAUCCACUGCACUGGACACCAGGAGAUAUAACCCACGCCCGCAGCGGCUCUCCGGGGCCCCCAGUAAUGUUGUGAGUUUGUAAAAGAGUUUUGCGACCAGAGGUUUGAGAAGUGAGGUCAGAGGCCGAGCUCACUGCGACAGCCGCUGGGCGGCGGCAGACCUGGCUUGACCCUCAGCGGCAGCUCCUCGUUGGCUCUGGGGCCUGUUCAAGUGACUGACCAUCUCUGGGAAACGGGCUCGGCGAGGCCUGCGAAGCGCACAUGGAGUGCCAGAGUGGCUGCUGUGUCGUCAACAGCCUGAACCCACAGAAGUUCUGCACUGCCAAGACCGUCUUCCUGCACUGCGUGCCCUGGCAAAAGCCCGCUGGGUACUUGUGCUGGGAUCACAGUGAGUGCCAGAGCGACUGUUGCGUCACCAACAGCAUCAGCGCAAGCCGCUUCUGCAAGCUCAGAACCAUCUUCUACCAGUGCAUAGAGUGGCGCAAGCCAAUCGGGGCCUUGUGCGAUGACCACAGCGAGUGCCAGACCAAGUGCUGCCUCUCGCUGAACGAGAUCAACCCCCCACGCUGCGUCCCCCGCACCGGGAUCCUAGCCCGUUGCCUGCCGCUGGUGAGCCCCCGGGGGCAGGUCAUGCGGCUAGUGGAUAGGGGACUGUGUCUUCAGGGCCUAGUGGGUGUCCCCUUCCAACUAGAGGUCGCCAUCUGCCAUCUGGAGAGUGGCCUCGGUGUCCACAUCCUGAAGCGGGAAGUGCGGACAUACAUUGGGGGCAUAAUGGGGUUCACAGAUGUGUCAAGGACCCAGUGGAAACAGGUGCCGACAUGCCUGGUGAAGGGCAUCAGAGGCUGGUGGGGUGGCCCAUGGGACCAGGCAACACCCGGGAACAGGUGACAGUGAGGCUGCUGCCACCCCCGGGCUGGAAGCCCGAGAGGACCCUCCCCAGGAACCUGUCUUCUCCCACCUCCCCUCUCCUUCUGGAGCCUUCCACUGGCUGAACCUCACUGCAGUCCAGGAGCAAAGAGGCCGGGUGAUCCAGCCCCAGAGCCCAGCCUCCAAGGGCUCAGAACCCGCAGAGAGCAGGCAGGACAGCUGGGGGGUGAGAAGGCGAAUGGAGACGAGGGGUAGACAAAGACGAGGGACAGACGGAGAUGGGGGACAGACAGGGGAACAGACGGAGAUGCGGGCACGGGGGCCGAGAGGACGUCUCCUGUGAAAUGUGUGGGUCCCUCACUACACAUUCGGUGCUAGAACCCGACAUCCGUCUGAUUAUAAAGGGGUUUCUGACCCCCAGCAGCCAAGACCCACCACCGAUGUUCGAGCACAUGCACCUAGCUCUGGGGUCAUCGGCACCCAGGCACACCAGGUGCUCAGGAAAAGAUGUGUCACAUCAUGGCCGGAUGAAUUAGGCCCACUGGUGUCUUUGCCCCAGACGAGCUGUGUCCACCAGGGCGGUGGGGGACACACCUGGGCUCGUAAUACACAGCCAUCCUGCAAGUCGACCUCCUUCUGCUCCUGCACGAAGGUCCUGUCUCCCUGUGCAUGUCCUGAUUUCUGCUCUGUCCUUUAGUGACACAGGCAGAAAUCUGUGCACUGAAGAAGCAGCCUGGAUCUCGCGGAUGUCCUCUCUGGAUUUCAUCAUGCCUGAGUUAGUGGGAGCGUGUGCGUGUCAUGCUGCUCUUUCUGGGACCAGCAACUUAAUGACUUGUCAUCAGUAAACUCUCCUGACUGAGUGAAAGUGGGUUUUGUCACGUCUAUUCUUUUCAGACAAUAAAGGCAAGAACACCUGUAGGCACCGUGGAGCCCACCGUCGGCUGUGGGGCAGCAGUGCUUCCUAUCAGGUGUGACUGAGCAAAGAAAGGGCCACUGCUGCUGCGUGGUGACACGUCCCCUCCCUUCAGGCAACUCCGUCAUAAAAGCACAUGUGUGUGUGUUGUCACUGCAAGUAAAAAUAAUCAGCGUCCCAAGCUGAACAGCCCCACGCUGCUGGUGGCACUGGGAACACAGAGCUGACCCAGGCUGA